ACGCAAGCGCGGGUGGAGGAGCAAGUUAGUUGCGGACGCUUCACAUCCUCUCGUUGCUGCUUUAGUGGCGCCGGUGACGCUCGUACGAUUCCCUUCAUCUUCUCCAUCACUCGGCUGCCUCGGCACACCCAAACGGCGCCCGCACUUUCCAUGGCCGCGGCGACCUCCCCCUCUUCUUUCUCAUUCCUUCGUCUUCAUCCCUUAUCCUCCUUCCCCUCUUCUCUCCGCCGUUGCCGCCGGACGAUAUCGACAUCUCGUUGUCGAGCCAUGGCCCCGAUUGUCGCAUCAAUCGACAACACCCGGAAGGAGGAGAUCGUCGUCGUUGGCGCCGGAAUCGCCGGCCUCGCCACCGCUCUCUCCCUCCAUAGGCUCGGGGUUGGUUCAGUGGUGCUGGAGCAAGGAGAAUCGCUCCGGGCCGGAGGCACCUCGCUGACGCUCUUUAAGAACGGGUGGCGCGUCUUGGAUUCCAUCGGCGUCGCUGACGAACUUCGGGCGCAGUUCCUUCAGAUCCAAGGGCUGGUGAUGAGAGCGGAUGAUGGAAGAGAGCUUCGGUCGUUCGUGUUUGAAGAAGAAGUACCAGGGCAGGAAGUUCGAGCAGUAGAGAGGAGAGUGCUGCUCGAGACUCUAGCUAGCCAAUUGCCACCAAACACGAUAUCCUUCUCGUCCAGAUUGAAAUCCAUUAUAAAAGAAGGAAAUCAGGGGUCAUUGCUAGAACUUGACGAUGGUGGCCGCAUACGUGCAAAGAUAGUUAUUGGUUGUGAUGGAGUCCGUUCACCAGUAGCAAAAUGGAUGGGGUUUUCAGAACCCAAGUAUGUAGGACAUUGUGCCUUCCGUGGCCUCGGAAUAUAUCCUGGUGGCCACCCAUACAAAGCAAAAGUGAACUACAUCUAUGGAAGGGGUCUUCGUGCUGGUUUUGUUCCAGUUUCUUCCACUAAAGUUUAUUGGUUCAUCUGCUUCAACAGUACAUCACCAGGGCCAAGGAUCAGUGACCCAGCUGUUCUGAAGCAAGAAGCUCUCAAUCUUGUAAGAAGCUGGCCUAUGGAGCUACUGGAUGUCAUGCAGAAUACCCCAGAUGAUUCAGUUAUCAAGACUCCGCUGGUUGACCGAUGGCUUUGGCCAGGUCUUACCCCGUCAGCCUCAUCAAAAGGGGUGGUGGUGGUCGGUGAUGCAUGGCAUCCCAUGACUCCCAAUCUCGGUCAGGGAGCUUGUUGUGCACUAGAAGAUUCUGUGGUUCUGGCCAAAAAAUUAGCGGCUGCUAUCGGGGGUGGGCAGGACUCGGUAGAUGCAGCAAUGCAGGACUACAGCCAGGAGAGAUGGGCACGUAUUUUUCCAUUGACGGCACGUUCUAAUCUCGUGGGUUCUCUGUUGCAGUGGGACAACCCUCUUGUUUGUGCCUUCAGGAACAAUAUCAUGGUCCCAAAGCUUGUGAGUUUGGGUCCGUUCUUGGAACACACAAAUUUUGAGUGCGAGAUGCUGGAGCCGGUGGCAUCAGGCUGAUCUACUUUGGCUGUGAUUACAAUCACAAGGUACCAUCUCUUCAUGUUGGUUGGCUCAUCAUAUCCACACAGACGAUAAAUAUAGAAAACUUUUCGGCCCUAUCGUUGUAUAUAUUUGGCAUACAAAAUUGCCAUCACUAGUCACAAACUGCAUACAAAGUAUGUCCCAUGCAUGGCCUACAUUACAUUUGUACCAUAUAUUUAGAUUUCUUCAUGAUCACUUUGUUUUCA